CCAAAAAAUGGAAGGAUCUAAAGAAAUAAGUUUGUCACCAGAAAGAGAUAUUAAUUCUAGGGAUCACGAACAGGUACAACCUUGUUCUCAAAACAAUGACACAAUUACAAGUAUUGAAGAUUCGGAUACACAAAUCGAGAGGUUUCGAAAUCCGAUAGCAGAUAAUGAUGAAGAACCUACAGUGCGUCAUGCUGAAUCAAAUAAUGAUGAUGUUCAUCCGGAUACAGUUAUAUGUAAUGCGUUACAAAACCAGACGAGCGAAAACGAAAACGUCGAUGCCAUAAGUGCCGAGGCUUCAGGUCUGGACAAUGUGUCAAUAUCUCAACACAUUAAAACCGAAGAACUCAGUAAUCCGGGAGAAGAGAGGCCAAAAUUCCAAAGCUUAUUUGAAGAACUUGAAUACGUAGAAGGACAAAUUGAUAUUUGGGAAGGACUUCGAGAUAAAAAAUUAGAACAAAUCGAAAAGAAAAGAAAAUUACAAGCAGAUCAAAAAGCUAUAAAAAGAUUAAAACGUGAUACAGAAAAUAUAAAGUCAGUUAAAAAAGUUAAUAUUAACAAUUCACGGAGGUUAUCACCUAAAAUAGUACCACCGGUAACACAUCAUGAGAAAAAAGUCGAAGAUACUUUAACAUCGACUUAUCGAAAAAAACCAAAAAUAGUUAUCACAAAAGCCCAAGUUUCAGAAAACCCCACAAUAAACAUGAGAGAUAAGGAUAUUUAUAAGAAUUCCCUAUUUGAUCGAUGGCUUAAUAAUCAACCGCAUGAACAUAGUGAUGAAUCGCUUGAUGAAUCAAAAGAAAAUUUAUUUUCAAGAUUUCAACGAAAAUUUCAGCAAGGAACAAAAAAAGAACGUGAGUUACAAGAAGAUUAUGAAUCAAGAAUUCGAAGUAGAGCGCUUGAUGAUGAUGGUAGCGAUAGUUCUAUACAAGAAUUAACUAAAAGUAUAAAAGGUAAAACUCUAGAAAGGCGUAAUACAAAAUCGAAAGGGAAGCAACGCGCGGAACCUAUACAAGAAAAUUCCACUACUUCUGGUUUUGCUAUAAGAUACCCGGUUCGCACAACUAGAAGCAGAAGGUGUAGUGAUUAUGUAACCACUGAUCAAGAGUUCGCAGAAAUAUUACAAAAACUUGGCGCUGAAGACCAAAAACAAGGGCAGGAACAACAACGGGGAGAAUCAUCACGUGCCCGUAUUCCGCCAUUACAAAUUGAUAUUAGCGGGCAAAAAGCAAGCAAUUUUGUGGACAAUUCGGGUCGUGUAUUAGACCCGGUAAAAUUUUAUGGACAUAAUACUCCAUUAGGUUCAACUUGGACAAAGGAAGAGCAAACCCAAUUUAUAGAAUUGUUUAAGGCAACACCUAAAGAUUUUAAUAAAAUAGCAGAUAAUAUGACCAAUAAAACAGCAGGAGAUUGUGCAAUAUUUUAUAAGCAUCUCAAAACGGCCAGAACUGAAUCAGGAGAGAUAGAUGAAAAAAAGAGAGCAAUUUAUAAUCGUCUUCAUGAUAUGAAAAUAAAGCCUAAGAAAAGAGGUCAAAAACGAACGGUGAGUCGACGGAAUCGCACAAAUUUUUCUAGUAAUCAAGUUCCGUCACCAACACGUACAACAGAUACAAUUGAGCAAUCUAGUGUUGGAGGCAUAGAAUCGGUUGAAAGACCAGAAGAUUCAUUGCAAGUUUCGCAAUUACAAAGUCCUAAGGUGGAAGAUUCAGAAGAUACAAAAGAAGCAUCAAUUAAUCAUCUUCUUGACCAAGAAGUUGGACAAGCAGCGCUAGCACUAACAUUGAUGUCGAGACAACUCCUAGAAAAUACGGAAAAAUCGUCCGAACAAACUUUACCAAAGGCUAAAACAAUUAAUAAAACAGAAGGACAUGCAACGCAAAAUUACGACUUUCAUUCAGGGCACAUUCAAACAGAUGAGUGUCAAUCAACGCUUUCGAUAGGAUCAUUGUUGAACCCAUCAGAUGAAUACGAUCCGUCCAUAAGAUGGUUUGAAGAAUAA